AUGUCUCCGGAUACUGUCAAUAACGCUGUUAUCGACAAGGCCUUUGAGGAUAACGCACCGCUCCGAAAACGCGUCUAUUCCGCUAUUGCCUCCACCCCUGAGUAUACCAGCCUUUUCGAAGACAUCGCAAAAUACGCCACCACCCUCCGCAGCGGAUUGGGCAGAGAUGCGUCGUCUGCAUGCUCCCAAGUACGAGUUGCUGCUACGGGGGAAGGCCCGGCAGCAAAGAAACGCAAACUCAUCAAUGGAAGCGAAGGGGCGGUAGCGGGAACGGGAGCUGGUUCUGCAAACGAUGCCGCACUGUUGGCGGGCCUAACGGCUGAUGCUGAGCUACAAUUCUACGUUCAGGACCUGUCGUUUGCAAUUCCGCAGCGCAAGAAGUUGCGGCUGGAAUUGACGCGGCUAGUGUCCUCUGCUGCUGGAGCAAGGGAGGGGUAUCUGAGGGCGAGGAACCAGGCGUCGAAUGAGGUGGAGUUUGGGAUUCCGAUGUCGAGGAUUCAGCAUAUCUUAUGCCUACCUGUCCCUGAGAAAACGCAACGGCAGUUUAAUUUCUGUAUCAUCCCGGAACACGGAGACGGCAUCUCGCCCGUCCCCGAUCAUCAACUUGCAUUCGAGCCGAUUGUGUGGACGAUUCCUGAUGGCCCUCCAAGGACUGCAUACCUAGGCUCAGGCACACCCGCUCUGGAGAGUGCAAAUCUUGCGGAGACCUACGAAAGCUAUCUAAAGCGAAUGCUCGAUGAUAAUUUAAGGCAUACGAAAGUCAUUUGUCCAAGCGAGAAGGAAUUUGUGAGCCCGACUCCUGAAGCUCAUCGGAAGGGGGACAAGGCGUAUCAUGUCAAAGCGUUCCGGGGGAGCAAGGAAGGAUUCCUCUUCUUCCUCUCCACGGGCAUCUUCUUCGGUUUCAAAAAGCCCCUCGUCUUCUUUGCUCUCGAAAACAUCGACACCAUAUCCUAUACCUCCGUCCUCCAGCGCACGUUCAACCUAAACAUCACUGCUCGUUCGCCCGCAAAGCCAGACGAGGUGCAGGAAUUCGAGCUGUCCAUGAUCGACCAGUCGAAUCACCCUGGUAUUGACGCUUAUAUCAAAAAGCACGGCUUGCAGGAUGCCAGUCUGGCUGAAGCGCGUCGGGCCAAGAGACUUAACAUCAACGGCGUGAAGGGCGGGGAUGGAGGUACUGAUAGUGCUGCAAAUCAUGCGGGUGAGAGCGAGGAGGAGGAAUCUGAAUUGGUGAAGGCGCAGAGAGAGCUGGAGGAUCGAGAGGAUGAAGAAGAGGAGGAUUAUGAUCCUGGUAGCGAGGGGGAUAGUGACGGGAGCGGGUCUAGUAGUGAAGAGGAAGAUCAGGAUGGUGAUGGGCAGGAAGAUUAUGAUGGGGAGGGGAAAGAUCUUGUCAAAGAGGAGUUGGGGAAGAUGAUAUCGCCAAAGCCGCAAUAUCAACAAACUUACAACGGAUGA